CGGACCACAUUCACAGAACAAUUCUACUUUUCUCUUUUUACCAUCAAUCUCAUUCACAGAUCACUUAUCACCGUCAUGGACAACAUCCAUCAAUUCGUCCAAAAAUCGGACGUCAACGCCGCUGCUUUGGCAAUCUUUGGAAUUAUUGGCGCUACCGUUGUUGCAUUCAAGGUCUUGAGCUUCCUAAAGCUUCUCUUUGAUGUUUUUCUCCGCCCAGGCAUCAAUCUAAAAAAGUACGGUGCUGGACGUGGCGGCUGGGCAGUUAUUACUGGUGCCACUGAUGGUAUUGGUAAAGAGUUUGCUUUUCAGCUUGCUUCCAAGAAGAUGAAUAUUGUUCUGGUUUCGCGUACAGAGAGCAAGUUGGCGGCCAUUGGGGCAGAGCUCGAGCAAAAGUACAAUAUUGAAACCAAGCAUUAUGCUAUGGACUUCGCUAAAGGUGCUGAUUCGGAUUAUCAAGCUCUACAGCAGUUACUUUCCCCCCUUGAGGUUACUGUUCUCAUCAACAAUGUUGGAACCAACCAUGAAAUGCCAACUCCUUUUGAACAAGAGACUGAUACUAUCAUUAAGAGUAUUGUCGAGAUCAACAUCAAUGCUGCUAUGAGAAUGACUAAGAUUGUUGUUCCUCAAAUGGUUUCUCGUAAGAACGGCCUAAUCAUCAAUCUUGGUUCUUUCGCUGGUCUUGUUCCCACUCCCUUCCUGUCUGUGUACUCCGGCUCUAAGGCCUUUUUGUCUAGCUGGUCCCAGGCGAUUGGUGCAGAACUCGCUCCCAAAGGCAUUCACGUUCAAAACGUCAACACAUACUUUGUUGUUUCUGCCAUGUCCAAGAUCCGCCGCGCCAGCAUGUUGAUCCCUAUGCCCAAACCCUAUGUCCAAUCUGUCUUGGCCAAGAUCGGUACCUCGGGUGGAGCUUCCACUCCCUAUACCAUGACUCCCUACUACAGUCAUGCAAUUGCCAAUUGGGCUAUUGAUCAUCUUUUUAGCCGCGGCUUCUGGGUCCAGCAGAACUAUAACAUUCAGACUGAUAUCCGCAAACGCGCCUUGCGAAAGAAAGAACGCGAGGCAGCAAAUUCUAAGAAGCUUUAAUGUUAAGGUUGAUCUCUCUGAUACAUUGUUAAUUUAAAAGCCUAUAAAAGACGUAGUACGUUUUAAAAAUAAUAAAAGGACCUGUCAGUGAAAGCA